AGUCUUACCCUGCAUCACUGCGGACACGACGGUCGGGUAAUGCUCUUACAGAUUAUGGCGCUGCAGACACGACGGUCGUGUCAAUAGUCACUUCGUACCGAAUAAUGAAUAAACUACUGGGGCUUCUUUUACUUGACGACAUCAGGGGGUAAAGAUCUGUCAAAAUGGGCUCAAUCGUUGGCAAAGCAAUGGAUGAGAACAUGAAGAAACAACAAGCCUUCAUGGUGGAGAAUCAGAAAACAAUGUUGGAACGACAGAUUCAGAUGCAGAAUCUAAUGCGUGAGAAAAUGAUGGCCUUUCAGUUGGCAAAAAGCCGAGAAUGUUUUACUUGGUUAGCUUCUGGAUACAGUGUUAUAGCAUUCGGCCUUUUAGCUGGGUUUCGUCGCACAAGAAAUCCUGGCGUGGUGGCGCCACUUGUUCCGUUAGGAUUUGUCCUCGCCUAUAAUUACGAUCUGGCAUAUGGUUCAAAGAUACACAGAAUACGAGAGGAAGCUGAUAGGAUGCUGGCAGAAGAAGGAAGCCUACUAGAAUUACCUCAGGGACUACCUACUCUUGUUCAAAUUGAGGAGAGGAGAGGACAAGCGGACAAAUAGGACAACGAUUGAUCUCUUAGUGUUGAUAGGGCAAUAAUCAUGAUGGUAUUAGAAUGUGGGAGAAUGGAUUUAACUUUGAUGGCACCACAGCUAACAAUAAGGCAAAGACAUUAACCCAUUCUCUCACAAUAACAUAUGCACAAUUAUUUUAUGGCAAAAAAUCAUCCAGGAAAUGCAUGUACAACAUCUCAGGGCCAUACUUGAGGAAGUAUUUUGAAGAGCAGUAAAUCAGGUGUCGUAGAAUAGAAAUAAUAGCAGUCUCAUUUAAUUACUUGCUUCUAACAUAAGUCAUGAUAAUGGACCAUUUGUAGGUUAAUUAACUAUAUUUUGAUGGGUAAUCGUGGUUGUGUAGAUAUUCUAAAUUCAUAUGAAGCAGCAAAGUCAAUGUGGUCAGUCGUCUGGGCUGACAAGAACAACAGCCAAACAUAUCAGGCUGUGAAAAAAUCAAGUUGUUUACUGUGCUUGAUAUGUAGGAGAUAGAAUGGUCCUGUGUCUACUGCCAGGUUUCAAUGUAAACGGGUACAUUAUGUGCUAUUUGUAAAUAAGACUGAUUAAGCUCUCUUGUUAACCACAUAUUCUGUAGAUUUCUGUUUAUGUAUCCUUUUGUAAUAAAUGCACACUUAUCAAAGUAAUUUAUGA